AUGGAAAGUGGGAGCAAUGUCACCGAGUUUGUCCUUCUGGGGCUUACCCAGAAUCCUGACAUACAAAAAAUUCUAUUUGCUAUAUUCUUUAUUAUCUACAUUUUAACUAUGGUGGGCAAUAGCCUGAUAGUCAUGACUGUCCUUGGAAGUAAGAGCUUGAAUUCCCCUAUGUACUUCUUUCUUGCCUCCUUGUCUUUUAUAGAUGCUAUCUAUUCCAGUGUCAUUGUCCCUAAAAUGACCUUAGAUAUGCUUAAAGAAAAAGCAACCAUUUCUUUCCAAGCAUGCAUGGUCCAGCUAUUCUUAGAACAUUUUUUCGGUGGUACUGAAGUUUUUCUCCUCAUUUUUAUGGCCUAUGAUCGCUAUGUAGCCAUCUGUAAGCCUUUGUAUUACUUAGUCAUUAUGAGAUGGCAUAUAUGUGUUCUGCUUGUGGUGGUGUCCUGGUUUGGAGGUUUUAUGCAUUCAUUAUUUCAUCUAAUUUUUAUUGUAAAGCUCACAUUUUGUGGACCCAAUGUAAUGGAUCACUUCUUUUGUGACAUGUAUCCUUUAUUGGAACUUUCUUGUACAGAUACCUAUAUAAUUGGCAUCUCAGUGGUUGCUAAUGGAGGAGCAAUAUGCACAACUAUCUUUUUACUAUUGCUUAUCUCCUAUGGGGUCAUUCUACAUUCAUUGAGAACUCAAAGUCUGGAAGGUCGACAAAAAGCCCUUUCUACUUGUAUUUCCCACAUCACAGUUGUUGUCUGCUUCUUCGUUCCUUGUAUUUUUAUGUAUGUCAGGCCUGUCUAUACCUUCCCCAUUGAUAAAUCUCUUGCUGUCUUUUAUACUGUCAUUACUCCAAUGUUGAACCCUUUGAUCUACACCCUGAGAAAUACAGAGAUGAAAAAUGCCAUGAGGAAGCUUUGGAACAAAAAAGUGAUGUCCAGCAAGCAGUAA